CGUGAGAGCCGUUUUUGCCCCACCCCACCUCUUCAACGCUAUCUAUCUCAAUGCACAAUCCUCUGAGAAAAAAACGGGGGCAAAAAUAAUUCAGAGAAAAAACCCCUGCAAAAAAAAAAGGAGCGACUGUCGCGUCUCCCGCGAGUUUUCACCGUUUUUCGGAGCAGAAAAUCAGCAGAAAAUCAGCAGCAGACUGGACGCAGCGCGGUACGUCCAUGUAUCACGCACAUGUAACCAUAACCUACCAGGAUUCAGAGGGGGAAUACAGCACAACCAGAGGAACCUGACAGCGGACUCUACCUGCCUCCAAACGGGGAAAUAAGGGAGGAUUUCCAGCAAUAACAGCACCUGGAUAUCUCCUUAAAGCUUCCAGUCAAGGACGAGCAGCGGCGCCUGAAGGUUUCCAUGUGAGGAGGAGAAAAAACACAUUAAUUGUGUUACGGGAGAGAAAAAAGGACGGAUAAGGGGCCUUUUUUUUUGUAAGGGUCUGGUCAAACCCUUUUGGAAAAGGAAAUUAAAAAAAACAAAAGAGAAGAAGCAAGCACUGGUAUCUUUUGACACAGGUUUUUUAAAAAACAGGCUUGCAUUGAUAAGGUUGAUGACAUUUAACGACAUAACCUCCCUCUUUUUGAAGACAUGACAUGUGAGGGGUUUACAAGACGGUGGUGAGAGAGAGAGAAAAAAGGAAAGAAAGAAAGAAAGGAACAAAAAGGCUGAUGAUUUUACAUGCAGUCAUUUUAAGAGGAGAUAUUUCUUUUUUAUUUUCAUUUUUCUAACCCACCAACACCACCCACCUCCCAAUGUGCUUUGGUCAGGUGGAGAGUGGAUUGAAAACACCCCUUUUAAAAUAGAAAAUAAUAAAACAAACCGAAAUUUAUAUAUAUUUCUAUUUAAAGAGGGGUUUAAAAGGGCGGCCCAGGCUUGUGUGGGGAUGGAUUGAACAGCAGUGUGUGUGAUAUCUGCUGAAGAUUGGAGACAUUGGCUGAGAAAACAUUCACGACAAAGCCUGAAAAUAUCCCCUUUAUAUUUAAAGAAAAGGAGAAAAGAAAAAAAGGAAGGCCGGUGUUUUUGAAAUUAAGGAAAAAGGAAAAAGGACAGUGGACUACCGACGUUCAUUUUCAUUCAUGGGCAAACAGGAGCUGGGAAUUUCACAUGCACACUCAUAUCAGCGUUGAUGACUUCAUUGCGGAUUUACAGUGAAAAACACCGGAUUCAACCGUUUCAGGAGGGCGGCAUCGUGGCUCUCCUCCUGAUCUCUUGCAGAUAAAUUGCUUGUAAAUAUCCACAUCCAUCCAUCCAUCCAUUAAUCCAUCCAUCCAUCCAUCCAUCCACGCACACACGCCGCGCCUGGUGGAGCCCACCGUCUACAACCUGACAUCUGUCUCAUCUGGAAACAUAAAUGUCACCCAUUUUGAGCCGGGUGUUCCUCUGCUGGGUCACUUCAGCAAUUCAGGGUUGAUUUGAUUUUUGAUUUUUCUUCUCAUCAGCACCCUCCCACCUCAUUCCCCUUAUUACACCCCAACCAUCCAUCCAUCCAUCUUCCAUCCAUCCAUCCACCCUGCUUCCCUCUGAACCUGGGUCUUUUUGGGGGGAAGAUGGGCUGUCUUGGCAAUAGCAAGACCGAAGACCAACGAAAUGAGGAGAAGGCACAGAGGGAGGCCAACAAAAAGAUAGAGAAGCAGCUCCAAAAAGACAAACAGAUAUACCGGGCAACUCACCGGCUACUACUACUGGGGGCUGGCGAAUCUGGGAAAAGUACGAUAGUCAAGCAGAUGCGAAUAUUGCAUGUGAACGGCUUCAACGCAGAGGAGAAAAAACAGAAAAUCCAUGAUAUUAAAAACAACAUUAAAGAAGCUAUUGAGACGAUCGUGGCUGCCAUGAGCACACUCACACCUCCUUGCAAGCUCGCCUGUCCUGCAAACCAGUUCCGGAUCGAUUAUGUCCUACAACAAGUAAACCAGGAUUUUGAGUUUCCUUCAAAAAAUCUUACCACCCACUCAAUGGAAAAGAAAAUUGUUAAAAGGUAUAAAAAGGAGUUUUAUGACCAUGCAAAAACCCUCUGGCAGGACGAGGGUGUGCGGGCAUGCUGGGAGAGGUCCAACGAAUAUCAACUUAUUGACUGUGCACAGUACUUCUUAGACAGGGUUGAAGUGGUGCGGCAGAAUGACUACACACCCACUGAUCAGGACCUCUUGAGAUGCAGAGUACUGACAUCCGGGAUCUUUGAGACGAGAUUUCAAAUAGACAAAGUCAAUUUCCAUAUGUUCGAUGUAGGAGGUCAGAGGGACGAACGCCGGAAAUGGAUCCAGUGUUUUAACGAUGUGACGGCCAUCAUCUUCGUGGUGGCGAGUAGCAGCUACAACAUGGUGAUCAGAGAAGACAAUCAGACUAACAGACUACAAGAAGCCCUCAAUCUUUUCAAGAACAUUUGGAACAACAGGUGGUUGCGGACCAUUUCGGUAAUCCUCUUCCUGAACAAACAGGACCUACUUGCUGAGAAGGUUUUGGCAGGGAAAUCUAAAAUUGAGGAGUAUUUCCCGGACUUUGCACGCUACACCACACCAGAUGAUGCAAUACCAGAGCCAGGUGAAGAUCCCCGGGUUACCAGGGCAAAGUACUUCAUUCGGGAUGAGUUUCUGGUGUGUACAAAGCUCAAAUCCAAACAGAGGAUCAGCACAGCCAGCGGGGACGGACGGCAUUACUGUUACCCCCACUUCACCUGCGCAGUCGACACAGAAAACAUCCGCCGCGUCUUCAAUGACUGUCGUGACAUCAUACAGAGGAUGCACCUACGGCAGUACGAGCUCUUGUGAUGUGCAGCGGCGCCGGGCCUCGUCAUGGAAACACCAACCUACCUAGCAUCCACCUCCCAUCCUGCCCACGAGCGGCCAGCCGGUCAUCCCUCCGCCUCCACCAAAGCCCCCCAAACCGCCGAGUGAGCGACUGACAACCUGCCCUCCUCCCCCCCUCCACCCCGAUACUUCUCCUGGUCACACGACUUCAGGAGGGGAAAAAAAAUAAGAAAUGUGACUUUUUUUCUUAAAAUAAAGACUUUAAAAAAAGACUCAGUUUAACCAACAGCAGUUUCAUCAACUAUCAGCCUGGACCUCUGUUCUGUAGACCCAGGGAAGAGGCUCCGGACUGGAUUCCCUCUAUCCCGUUAGCUCUUUCUCUCAGACAUAUGAACGCACACUCACAGGUACUCGCAUACACGAUAUUGCAGUCACACACAGUCGGUUUAAAACUAAAAGUCCUCCUGCUGUAACAGUUGGCAGAGGGAGGGAAAAAAAGCAAAGCAGUCUGACAGGCUGAAGUUUAUUCACCGCGUGCUGAAGAGGACGAUGGACACGGAGGGUGGCAGACUGGUGAGGGGGAGGGCCGUCAGCUCCUUCGUGCCCGGGGAUGGACAGAUGUCCUAACGGACUGUUGGCUGCCUGUGGACAGGAGCAGGACUCAGAGACAAAGUCGCACGGCUCACGUGACCCCGCUCUUCAAGAAACAAGUAGAGGGGGAGAUGGCAGAAAAAACUCGAAACGCAAGAAAAUUACCAUAGAACGCAUAGAUUCUUGCAUACCAGUGAACUUCAUGCAGUGCAAAAAAAAAAAAAAAGAAAAUACAAGCUAUAUAUAUAGAUAUUUAUAUAUGUGUGUAUAUAAAUAUGUAUAUAUAUAAAUAUAUAUAUAUAAAUAUUAUAUAUUCCUGUAAUAACACAAUUCAACUUUUAAGUUUUUGCUCGUUUUUUUUUUUUUAACCCAUGUUGUUUGUUGGUGUACACUGUGGGUGUGAUCUGCCUGAGUGCACCACCCCCCCUGCCCUCCCCCAUCUCCCCCGCUGUUAACUAACUAUAAAUACUGCCCCUUCCAACCCCCCCCCUGCUGUUUCACAACUAUUCAACAUAUGGAAAAAUAUAUGACAGAUUUUAUUUAAUAAGAAAAAAAAAACUAAGAAAAAAGAAAGCAUGAAGUUAAAGACUUGCAGCAGGGACUGGUCGCACCAUUUUUUAAAUGGUAACACACACAGUCCUCCGGCCCCAUCCGUCCCCCUCCCAUGUCUACACCCUCCUUCCAUCCCUCCAUCCCUCCAUUCCUCGCCUCUCUUCUCUCUCUCACUCCCCCCUCUCUCCUCCUCGCCGAACCUCCUUCCCCGCCCUGGACCUCACCAAACUCGGCUUUAAGAACGUCUGUCUUUAUUUUACUGCUGGACUAUUAUUCUUGUACAGACUGUAAAAUGUAUUAUUUUGUACAACUUUAUUGAAGAAAAAAAGAUAACUUGUAGAAGAUCCCUGUGCCUUGAUCACGACUGUACGUGUAAAAAAUGAGCUAAAAUGUAAGUUAUGUUUCACUGCGCUGUACAGCUGGACGGGUCUGUCCAGCCUCGUCUCGGCUAGCUCGCCUCUCCACCGUGGGCCAUGGAGGGGGAAGAGCGUUGGAUCGGGCCGGCGGCUGUUUUCUUUCGUCUGUUGCUUAGUCACCAUUUUUCACACUUUUUAUUUGUUGAUUUUUAUUUUUUUUAAUUUUAAUUUUUUGCUUUGACUCUCCUUUGGUUUAUAAAAUGGGAAUUGAAAGGAAAAAAAAUCAGACACAUCAUCUAAUUGCUGUGUAGUGAAGAUACUAAACCCCCAUACACACACAAACAUCACAUCUUCAUAUAUAAUAAAUACAUGACGAAAAGGGAAUGCAAUGAUUUGCAAAUCUUAUAAACCUAUAUUUCAUUUAGAUUAGGACUUAAAAAACAUCAAAUACUGAAAGUGAGGACAUGUACCAUCUUCAGUUUGAAUUUGAAGGCAGUAACACAUCUCAAGAGCUGUGAUGCGAUCAUGUUUCCCACUGUGUAACAUCCGUUCUUUGAUCAGCAGAACUGAAAAGAGUUUUAGGAUUGGAGUUUCAGGAGAGAGAUGUUUUCUUUUUCUUUUCUGUUAAAGAGUUGCUCAACA